UUCAGAUUGAUAGGGCGUGUACGACACAGGACCUCCGAAGAACAACACGUAGCAGAACCCGACACCACGACCUUUGUUCCCUUGAAGCAUUGGUUGUACUGAACAUGACCAUGACCAUGUCCUCCGAGUGAAACCACAACAACUUGAACGUCCCUAACGCUGGCUAACGAAGCAAGAUGUUGGCGUCCAGCAGUCGAUCCGCCUCUCCGUCAUUGAGUCGGAAGUUUAGUAUGCGGUCAGACACGGCAAGCAUGCUUCUAGAAGAGCUAGCACCCGCAUCCUCCGCACCAAGCACCCCGCCGAUGGAGAAACCGCGUCAUGCUCGAGGAGAAGAGGGAUUAUUAAGGGUUGGCUAAAGGUGGUCUUGUUACCGUUUGAGCUAUAGCUCUCCUAAGGGAGACGGGCAUAACAAACGGCAUAAACGAACACCAAAAAUCUAUCUCUAAGAUUAAUACAGGGAGAAGGAGAGGGAUUAGUAAGGGCCUAGUGCUGCAUCUAUAAUGGUAAUCCAUGAUCGCAGUGUCUUUUUAUACUUCGUACGUAGUAGUACGAAGUACUGGCACAACUUCUUGUCCUUUUACUUUUGCACUGUUCUAUCGGCUUCGAAGCUUAUUCUUUGUGAAGAACAUGUUGGAUAGCCCACCACCUUUCACCACCUUCCGGGAGAAUGCGCGCUUCUUCUAAUGUUGUCUCUUGAAGUGAUGAAACUUGAAGAUGGAGGGCCAGGUGGAGAUUAUGGACUACACUUACUUCAUCAUCUGCACGACUUACUUCUGGGUUACUCUGUAGUAGUAUCUUUUUGAAUGUACUAUCCUGGAUAGUACAUCCAACAAGAAAACAAUCAAUAUCGAAAGCAAACACAUCAAGCACAACAUUGCCUAUAACUAAAACACUAAGAUGCACUGGUACACUGACUACACUACGAACAACACAGACUACACUAAGAACUACACUAAGAACUACACUAAGAACUACACUAAGAACUACACUAAGAACUACACUAAGAACUACACUAAGAACUACACUAAGAACAACUACAUUUGUUCGAUCUCCCUGCCACACGCUAAUGCCUAGCCAGAAAGAAGAUCAGUAGAGAGAAGGCUUUAGCCAGAAUUGCAAAAACGCAGAGUCGCAGUGCAGCAAAGCAGAAUAAUAACAAUGAUGGGAAGAAGAAGUCCUCUACGCGGAGCCGCAGCAUAGGAGGCAUCAAGGCCAACAUCCUGCGCCGCAGCAUCGGGGACCCUAAUGUGAUAUCUCAAAAGGAGAGGCACCGAGAGGCGACUCGGGAAGCCCAUCGAGGAUAUCACAAGCAUAUGAAACUUAGUUAA